UCUUCUGCCGAGGGCCCUUCGGAGAGAGGCGGAGCCUAUCUCGCAUCAGGACCAGUCUGGCUGCACCUGCAUCCUUAGCUCAGAGCAUCCCUGGAGCAUCUAAGAGGAAAGCGCAGCCAGCAACCGGGGAUCGGACUGUCGCAGGGGCAGUCGGCCAGACACCUUCCCCUCCCCUGAUCUCGAGGUCCACAGCCGCAGCCUCGGUACUGACCCAGAUUCCCAAAGUUGUCUGACCUCUGCAAAAGUGUUGCUAUCAACAGCCUCUGAUCACAACAUGGCUGAGAUCACAAAUAUCCGCCCCAGCUUUGAUGUGUCACCAGUGGCGGCUGGCCUCAUUGGGGCCUCUGUGCUGGUGGUGUGUGUUUCCGUGACUGUCUUUGUGUGGACAUGCUGCCACCAGCAGGUGGAGAAGAAGCACAAGACCCCGCCAUACAAAUUUAUUCACAUGCUGAAAGGCAUUAGCAUCUACCCAGAGACCCUCAGCAACAAGAAGAAAAUCAUCAAAGUUCGGAGAGACAAAGAUGAUCCCCGGAGGGAGAGUGGACGAGGGAACCUGUUAGUAAAUGCGGCAGAGUCUGGCCUGCUGGGCCAAGAAAAGGACCCCAGAGGGCCUAGCUCUGCAUCUUGUAUAGACCAGUUACCCAUCAAAGUAGACUGCGGGGAAGAACUGAGGAGCCCCUUGACAAGCCUGACCCCUGGUGAGAGCAAAGUCACCUCCCCGUCAUCACCAGAGGAAGACGUGAUGCUGGGAUCCCUUACCUUCUCGGUGGACUAUAACUUUCCCAAAAAAGCUCUGGUGGUAACAAUCCAAGAGGCCCAUGGGCUGCCAGUGAUGGAUGACCAGACCCAGGGCUCUGACCCCUACAUCAAGAUGACCAUCCUUCCUGACAAGCGGCAUCGAGUGAAGACCCGUGUGCUUCGCAAGACUCUGGACCCUGUAUUUGAUGAGACCUUCACCUUCUACGGCAUCCCAUAUAGCCAGCUACAGGAUCUGGUGCUACACUUCCUCGUGCUCAGCUUUGAUCGCUUCUCUCGGGAUGAUGUCAUUGGGGAGGUCAUGGUACCACUGGCGGGUGUGGACCCCAGCACGGGCAAGGUUCAGCUGGUCAGAGACAUCAUCAAGAGGAACAUCCAGAAAUGCAUUAGCAGAGGGGAACUCCAGGUGUCUCUGUCGUACCAGCCCGUGGCACAGAGGAUGACAGUGGUGGUCCUCAAAGCCAGACACUUGCCGAAGAUGGACAUCACCGGUCUCUCAGAUCCUUAUGUCAAGGUGAACGUCUACUACGGCAGAAAGCGCAUUGCCAAGAAGAAAACGCAUGUCAAAAAGUGCACUUUGAACCCGGUCUUCAAUGAGUCCUUCAUCUAUGACAUCCCCACUGACCUCCUGCCUGAGAUCAGCAUUGAGUUCCUUGUCAUUGACUUCGAUCGCACUACUAAGAACGAGGUGGUGGGGAGGCUGAUCCUGGGGGCACACAGUGUCACAGCCAGUGGUGCGGAACACUGGAGAGAGGUCUGUGAGAGUCCCCGCAAGCCCAUAGCCAAGUGGCACAGUCUGAGCGAGUACUAGCUCCUUCUCGCCUCCGACCCUGGGGCUAGGCUGGGGAGGCACACGGCGGGGAGAGAUGACAGAGAAGCUGACUCAAAACCUCAUUUUAGUCGUAGAAGAAAAUUUGUUACAAGACAAACCACACAAAGAGCAUCUUACUGCACACCAUUGCAGGUCGGUUCUUAGCGUGAGAAGUCUUUUCUUCUUUGCAAGGCACUAGACGAUCUUUUGUUUUUAAAAUGGGGGGGGGAGAGGAAAGACCCCACAGUCUAUAUAUAACAAUGUAACCUUGUACUUGCAUGUCUAAUACAAACAGGAAAUUAGCCUAACCGAUAUCAAGUUGCAGAUUUUAAUCCAUGAAAAUUGUGUUUUGUGCCGAACUGUAUUUGCUGAUCUCCUGAAAUUGGCCUCCUUUUGUCAGGCUUCUCUGGCUUAUUCCCGUUCCCAUCAUAGCAGAAGAAAAGGCUACUCUUGGAAAACCCCAUGUUCCCGUCAUUCCCUCCUUUUUUCCAUUUCCUCUCAGGUCUCCACUCUUUGGCCGAGUUUCAAGUCCAGAGUCUGGAGUAAGCAGAGGAACAAGUGGGGUUUGCAGGAGAAAGAGUAAUUGAGAAUGGGGUGUCUGCUGUUAGCCACUUACCAUAAAGGAGUAACAGGCAGUCUGUGACUAGUGACAGGCAGCAUGGCGGGCAGCGUGGCGGGCUUGGGAGGCGGAACCGGACUUAGGACUUACCGAUUUCUCUGGAAGCUUUGGAGACUUCAGCUUCGGCCCGAGGGAAGUACCAUUGAAUACCAGCUGAUCCCGAGUGUUACUUGCAGGUCAGGGGACAGGGGGAGGAGAUAAAAUAUCCCUGCAGAAGCCCUGGCAUCCCCUCAUGCUGUAGAUGCUGAUGGAAGUUGCUUUCUGUUUGAUAAGGAAGCAGGCCUCAGGACUUUCUCUCUGAGGUUUACAGAAAUGGUUCUUAAGAAAGCUGAGUGGAGCUGAAUAGUGAGCUAAUGUAGAUGCCUUCAAGGCCCCCACUCUCCUCAGCAGCAAGCACAAGGCUGGAGAGCUGAGAGUCACACCCCACGGUGAAGUCCAUCGCCUUUCUGCCCCUGGGCAGGACAGUGCAGAGCCUGGUCAUCUGGAGCUCAGAUCCAAGUCUGCGUGGGACUCAGGAGUGAAAUAAGACACAGCUUGAGGCCGGGCGGUGGUGGCGCACGCCUUUAAUCCCAGCACUUGGGAGGCAGAGGCAGGCGGAUCUCUGUGAGUUCGAGACCAGCCUGGUCUACAAGAGCUAGUUUCAGGACAGGCUCCAAAACCAUAGAGAAACCCUGUCUCGAAAAAAGCAAAAAAAAAAAAAAAAAAAAAAAAAGACACAGCUUGAUCCGGGGCCUGGAAGAUUAUCUGGAACUGAAGUGCCCAGUUCCCUAUAGAACCACUCUUCAGUUUGCUUCUGAGAACAGGUGGACUGACCAGCUUGGUUUCCAUGGCGAGGGUGGUGACGCUGCCUUUGGUGUUCCCUUAGUGCUUGUAGAUUUGAAUCCACUCUGCCCUCCCCACUCACCCUUUCAUUUUUUUGUUUUGUUUGUCUGCUUUGCUUUUCCCCUGGGGGAUUCUUGGCAAAGCAGAGCUGCCCUGUGUAGGCAGGGAGACCCACUUUGCCCUUGCCCUUCUCCGCCAUUGUAUCCCGUGAUCUGACUUAGGGUCUGGCCAUCAGCUGGGAUCACACCACUACAGUCUCCACCCUUUAACCCAUGGAAUGUAAAUACUGUAUCAUAUGUAGGAGACAAUACUUUUUGUUUUCUAAAAAGGCAUUUUGACAUAGUUUAACGAAAACCUGGCGGGAGCAUUCUAAGCCCCAUUAGGGAAAAAAGUCGAAAUGGUUCCUCUUCAUCGCCUUAAUGUGUAAAGAUCAGAAGUCGCUCAGCAGCUUUAGUUCCUUCCCUGAAGCAAUGCUAAGUGACAGGUGGAGUCGUCUCCGACCUGCUGUGUGUGCCUCUGUAGCUCCUCCUGAGAAGUUGGGGAACAGCCUCACCCCUGCUCCCUUCCCCACCUCCCUGCAGCUCAAUCCCUUCCCCAGGCUCGGGGCUGCCUCCGCGCAGGAUCCCUCCUCCUACCUCAGGCCUGAUCCAGCGUGUUCGAAAGCUUCUUAGUUGACUUGGGUUUCUUCACAGAGCUCACUGAUGUGGGCGGAGGCAGACUGCCCCUUCCGCUCAGUUGAGAGACAGACAAGAGAGUCACAGCUUAGCUGUUUUGCACAAGGCACUUGUGGUUAGGAAUAGGUUAGGGAAGGUCACUCCCUAUUCCCAGCAGCCAGUCGAUGCAGAUUUCUCAACUCUUUGGGACUAUGAGAAUUAUUCCCAACAUCAAAAGUUCCUUGUGAGUUCUCCCUUCUUUGCGUCUCAGCAGCGCACAGCCGUGAUCUGCAGUGCUGUGCUAGAGAGAACUGCUGUGUGGGACCAGGGUGACCUACCCAGGAGAGGGAUAUGGAAGACUUUCGGUACUGGUCAUGACAGUGACAUUACCCUCACCACCACCACAAUCCCUCUCCAAACUGGCUGUCUUUCUUUACCUUGUGUCUUCUCUUGUAAAAAUAAAACUCUAAAUAAAAGUGUCAAAUUAAAAGGAAAAAAAAAAACAGAACAAGCUAACAUGAACUGUGUGAACUGCAUAACGCCGUGACGCUAACCUGCAGUCUGUAACGCUGUCGUCUAUGUUGACUUGUUGAUGCGCCACACGUGCAGAAUAAAGACUGAUUCACAGUAAACAGGC